AUGGCAGGAUCUAUUCCAGCUCUGAUUUUCGCUAUCAUCGCGCUUGUGUCUGCUCUUAGAUAUGAAGAAGAUCAACUUCUGUGGAAUCUCAACCAGAGGGUCAGUGCUACGAAGCCAACCGACUACUGGGGAGAAUGGGAGAACCAUACGUUUCAUCCUUCUCCGGCAAAUUGGCGGUUUCCGUUUUACAGCUUAAUCCUGGACCGUUUCGUUGAUGGUGAUCCAAGCAAUGAUAAUGCAAACGGAACCCUCUUCGAACACAGCUGGACGAGUAAUCAGUUCCGAUUUGGAGGUGAUGUCCGGGGUGUGCAACAGAGUCUGGAUUAUCUGCAUGGGAUGGGCAUCAGAGGGAUCUACAUCAUUGGGAGCCCUUUCAUCAAUUUUCCAUGGGGUGGAGAUGGCUACGGGCCACUCGACUUCACACUCCUCGACCACCAUCAUGGCACCAUAGCGGACUGGCGAAAACUAAUCACCGCCAUCCAUGAAAGGGACAUGUAUGUGAUUCUUGACAAUACCCUGGCAACCAUGGGCGACCUCAUUGGCUUCAAGGGCUAUCUCAACUCGACCACUCCGUUUAGCUGGGACGAAUACGAUUAUGAAUGGAAGGGGACUCGCCGUUAUCAUGACUUCACGCCCAACAACUCCAUCAACGAAAACUGUGAAUAUCCUAGGUUCUGGGGCCAGGAUGGAUACCCAACACAACAGGAAAUAUCCCAAGGUCAGCAUACGUGCUAUGAUAGUGACUUUGAUCAGUAUGGUGACAUGCCUGGUGUUGGAGAGGUACCAACAUGGCAAAGUCAGCUUGCAAAAUUUGCUUCAACUCAAGACCGCCUCCGCAUCUGGCGAGCGGAUGUCAUGGAGCGAGUACAAGUCAUGUCCUGCAUGCAAAUCGCCAUGCUUGAUAUUGACGGCUUUCGGAUGGACAAGGCUUUCCAGACACCGCUAGAUGCGCAGGUUGAGUGGGCCAAUUACCAAAGAGAUUGUGCCAGGAGGUACGGCAAGCACAACUUCUUCAUUACUGGUGAAGGUGUCGGUGAACCCCCUUUUGAAGCCGUGUACAUGGGUAGAGGCAAACAACCCGAUAUGUACUUUGAGAACAUCACGGAAGCCCAGCUGGCAACGAACCAGUCGAGCAUUCGGAACGCAUCCGCGUAUCUUCGUGAGUUUGGGAGCUCUGCUCUAGAUUCCGCAGCUUUCCAUUAUCCCACAUACGGCGCACUUACCCGUUUUCUGGGACUUAGCGGCUUGAUUGGCUCUGAAGGCUUGGACUGGUCGUAUCAUUGGCGCAAGCUAUUGGAGAGAGACGAUAUGGUGAAUGCUAACACUGGAGAAUUUGACCCCAGACACAUGUUUGGAACCACGAAUCAAGACGUCUUCCGGUGGCCAGCUCUUACCUAUGGUCUCGAGAGACAAUCACUGGGGUUCCUGGUGACUCAAAUGCUUUUGCCUGGGAUACCACUCCUUCUCUGGGGUGAGGAGCAAGCCUUUUACAUCUUGGAAAACCUAGCCACGGACUACGUUUUCGGUCGAAUGCCGAUGGCAUCUCAGAGAGCCUGGCAGCUUCACGGGUGUUAUCAGCUAAGUCAGACUGGAUACUAUGAUCAACCUUUCAACAAAUCGCGGACAGGAUGCCAUGAUGACUCUGUGAGUCUAGAUCAUCGUGAUCCGUCAAGUCCAGCUCGCAAUCUUUUGAAACGGAUGUAUCAGUUACGCCAAGAAUAUCCAGUACUGAAUGAUGGCUACACACUACGGAAUUUGUCAAACCUAACCAGUGAGAUAUUCCUCCCUGGAAGUGCUAAUAUUCCCAGCGAGUUCGGCGUGUGGAGUGUGUAUCGUGGUCGGACUGAAGGGGUCCAGGACUUCUCCGGAGUCGGCGAUCAUGGCAACCAAGGCGUAUGGUUUGUAUACAUGAACGAAAAUGCUACGAAAGUCUAUGAUUUCAAUUGCAGCGACUACGUCAAGGCUCUUACGUCUCCCUUUGCAGCAGGGACGCGAGUCAAGAAUCUUUUCUAUCCCUACGACGAGUAUACCCUACAAGCUUCACGACAUACGUUGCGCAUUGAAGGCUCUGAAGAUUACAAUGGCUGCUUACCGCAGCUUGAAUUCGAGCCUUGGGGCUUCAAGGCCUUCGUCCCAAUCAGAGAAUGGCGGGAACCAAUGCCUACAAUCACUCGUGUGAUACCACACCAUGAUGCUCGACUGUUAUCUAGUGUUCCUUUGGGAAGUCAGGACAAAGUGCAACUAGAGAUCAGAUUCUCAAGCAAUAUGAGUUGUGAUUCUGUCACAAACAACCUGCAAGUCCAGUCAACAACUCAGGAUGGGGUGCAAGCACAAUUCGACCGAUCAAGCGUGUCUUGCCAUUCACAGGAUACUGAUUUCCCGGAUUUGAACGGUGCCGUUGCCACUUCUUGGAUUUGGAGAGGAAUGCUUUCUAACGUUUCGCACGGCAUCCAUACGUACACAGUUAGCAACGUCACCACAGCUGAUGGACAAAGAUACACCAAUGCCCGAGAUCGAUUCAUGUUCAGGGUAGGGAGCCUUGAUAAUGCGAUGGUCUUUCCCCUAUCGUCGAACUAUACUACCAACAUGUUGCAAAAGGACAACGCUACCGGAGCUCUAAGUGUGAAAGCCCUUGCAGCCGGAGCUGAGCUGUACCAAUAUUCAACGAAUUGGGGAAACACAUUCAGUCCAUGGCGGACUUAUACUGGCAAACCUAUGGAGAUAGAAAGGCACUCUUGGAAGGGCACUAAAGCUCAGAGGUGGGAUGGAACUCACGUGAUACUACGAUAUUGGAGUGAGAUUGCUGGAAGUGCGGACCAUGUUCAACAUACUGAUCUGGAAGAACACCUACCUCGACGGUGGCCGCAUGCAUUCGUUGAAGGAUCAUGGAACCAAUGGGGCUCCGAUCGUGGCAUUAGAAACCGCAUGAAGCAGUCUAAAGCUGAUUUGGGUCUAUGGUCAUUCGAUCUCGCGGCCGAAUGGCCUACUCAAGUCGGCGUCAAUGUGUGGGGAUUGAACUCGGACGGCACGCUCGACCUUACUGCAGCUUAUGGCGAUGUGGAUGGUGAUCACGUUCUGGAUUGGUUACCCCCAAACACCAAAUCUACCAAUGUGGUCAAUAUGACUGAACGGCCGCCGUUACCGCACCUCGGAUGGCGUCUUGUGGUAAAUGAUGCAGAUUUCAGCUACAACAUAGUACCAAUUGGCUCAGCAUGGUCCCAGCUGGUCGUCGGCUUGUUGCUUGGGCUGGUACCUCUCAUCACGGCGCUCAUUGGUGUGUGGGCUUUCCGGAAAUCGUACUACCAUGUUCACUUCAACACACGCGGUGAGACAGCGAAAACAGGCGUCAUACCAAGUCUGAAGCGAUCUCUUACGCUCUUUGAGGGAUCGAGAUCGAUGCGAUCAUCGAACAGCGUGGAAUCGAGGAGGCCUAGUCAUUCAAGUUUGCCAUCUGUUGUGGCACGAGCGCCAAGUGUGCACUCGGACGAGUCUUUAACGAGUAGCAAUGCAGGGCUCAGGAAAAAGUCCAGAGCGCUCUCUGUUGCAGCUGAUAUUGGUGCGCCUCUAAGGCGUAAGACAUUGAUCGCAACCAUGGAAUACGAGAUUGAGGACUGGAGCAUAAAGGUCAAAAUCGGUGGCCUUGGGGUGAUGUCGAGUUUGAUGGGGAAAAGCCUGAGCCACCAAGACCUAAUAUGGGUUGUACCAUGUAUUGGCGUGACAUAG